AAAUGGAAUAUGAAGAAGAGUAUGAGGAUGUUACCAUGAACCAAAAGUUGGCUCCGAAGACGAUGGAGGCAGACACCACAGAGAUUCUGAACAAUUUACUCAAGGAAUACGAUAAGAAACUACGGCCAGAUAUUGGAGUUAAACCAACGGUCAUAGAUGUGGACAUCUAUGUGAACAGCAUUGGACCGGUGUCAUCCAUAGAUAUGGAAUACCAGAUCGACAUCAUCUUUGCCCAGACGUGGACAGACAGCAGGUUGAGCUACAACAGCACCAUGAAUAUCCUGACCCUGAACAGCAACAUGGUGGGACUCAUCUGGCUCCCCGACACCAUCUUCAGGAACUCCAAGAACGCUGACUCGCAUUGGAUUACAACACCCAAUCAGCUGCUCAGGAUAUGGAACGACGGAAAGAUACUCUACACGCUAAGGCUGACCAUAAAUGCAGAGUGCCAGUUACAGUUGCAUAACUUCCCCAUGGACGAACACUCCUGCCCACUCAUCUUCUCCAGCUAUGGCUACCCGAGAGAUGAAAUGAUCUACAAGUGGAGGAAGAACUCCGUGGAGACAUCCGACCAGAGGUCCUGGAGACUCUAUCAGUUUGACUUCAUGGGACUACGCAACACCUCACACAUAGUCAAGACAACAGCAGGUGAUUACAUAGUGAUGACAGUGUUCUUUGACCUGAGCAGAAGGAUGGGCUACUUCACCAUCCAGACCUACAUCCCAUGUAUCCUCACCGUGGUGCUCUCCUGGGUCUCCUUCUGGAUCAAGAAAGACGCCACACCAGCCAGAACAGCUCUAGGGAUAACUACGGUGUUGACCAUGACCACUCUGAGCACAGUGGCAAGGACGUCACUUCCCAGGGUUUCCUACGUGACGGCCAUGGACCUCUUCGUCACUGUGUGUUUCCUGUUUGUGUUCGCUGCGUUGAUGGAGUAUGCCACACUCAACUACUAUUCAUACGGUGCCAGCCCAAGACCCAGACCACGGAACACCCAGAGAAUGAACUACUCCGUGUUGGAAGUGGGACCUGCCCCUACGGUGAUCAAGUUGAACAACUCCACGUAUAACAACCUAUACUGGCAGGAAUUUGAGGACGCCUGUGUCUAUGAGUGCCUGGACGGGAAGGACUGCCAGAGCUUCUUCUGCUGUUACGAUGAGUGUAGAGGAGGCGGAUGGAGGAAAGGACGCAUCCACAUAGAUAUCCUGGAGCUGGACGCUUAUUCCAGGGUCUUCUUCCCCACAUCCUUCAUUCUGUUUAAUGUAGUCUACUGGGUCAGCUAUCUGUACCUUUAGCAGGCUGUACUGGAAGGCUAUGUAUACCUUCAGCAACCCGGAGAGAGAGAGAGAGAGAGAGAGGUGCCAUGGACAUUAAGACCAGAGAGAGAGAGAGAG